CGGAACCAUGACUCUACAAACAAGGGACUUAUUUCUUUGUUGCACUUGAUGGUGCAACAGGAAAAUGUAGACUGAAAACAGGCGGUUUGUCAGUUACAGACCAUAGAAACUCGGGGCUUUGUACCAUAGUUAGCUCAAUCUUUAACUUUGUGAUGGAUAAUGAGGCUGAUGUCUUUUAUCGGGAGCUGCCGAAAGUGGAGCUCCAUGCUCAUCUCAAUGGUUCUGUCAGCGUCCGGACCAUGGAGAAACUCAUCAGUCGAAAACCACACCUAAACGUUGAACAUAGCAUGACGGCUAUCGGCAAAGGCCAGCGGAGGACACUGGAUGAGUGUUUUCAGGUCUUCAAGGUCAUCCAUCAGCUGGUGGACACAGAGGAGGAUAUCCUGAUGGUUGCUACAGAUGUUAUCAGGGAGUUUGCGGCUGAUGGUGUCAGAUAUUUAGAGUUGAGGAGUACCCCAAGGGAGGGGAUCAACACAGGAUUGACAAAAAAGAGAUAUGUUGAAACUGUGAUCAACGCUAUCCAGCAGUGUAAAAAUGAGGGAGUGGACAUUGAUGUCAGGUUUCUGGUGGCGAUUGACCGCAGGAAUGGGACUGAAGUUGCCAUGGAGACAGUGAAGCUGGCUGAGGAGUUCCUGCUGUCCUCUGAUGGUUUGGUAGUGGGACUCGACCUGAGUGGCGAUCCAAAGGUGGGACAUGCUAAAGAUCUACUUCCAGCUCUACAUAAGGCCAAGAACUGUGGCCUGAAGUUGUCACUGCACCUCUCAGAAGUACCAGCCCAGCAGGAGGAGUCAGAUUUGCUGUUGAAUCUUCCUCCAGACAGGAUCGGUCAUGGCACCUUCUUGCAUCCAGAAGUGGGUGGAUCUCAAAGCCUUGUUGACAAAGUGCUAAAGAACAACAUCCCACUGGAGUUAUGUCUGACAUCAAAUAUUAAGGGACAAACUGUGCCAUGUUACUCUAAACAUCACUUCAAAUACUGGUACCAGCUGGGACACCCAAGUGUAAUUUGUACUGAUGAUAAAGGGGUCUUCUGUACGGACCUGUCUCAGGAAUAUCAGCUGGCAGCUACCACUUUUGGGCUCAGUCGUGAAGCUGUAUGGAAGCUUUCCCAGCAGGCCAUAGACUGCAUCUUCGCACCGGAGACCAUGAAAAAACAGCUCAAACAGAAGUGGACUGAUCUACAGCAUCAGGUGUUCCAGUGACCUCAAUCAUAUACCUCAGGUU